UUUUGUAGGAGCUGCCGGUGUGUUUCCGGUGUGUGCUACCUGCGUGCACCUUGACGGUCGGUCCUGAGUCCCGAGGACAAACGGUGGACGGGCGCCGGGCGCGAGCAUGGCAGGACAAGAUGCUCAGUGACGGGGACAGCGACAGGAAGCACCCGACGGGCUGCUCCGGUGGCUCCGGAGCCCCGGCCAUGGAGCGGGCUCGGCCGGUGAAGGGGACCGUGUCCGCGGUGAGCCUCGCGCUCAGCGUCCUGUCGCUGCUGCUGCUGGCCGCCGCCAUCUCCAGCGACCACUGGUACGAGACCGACACCCGCCGGCACAAGGACAACUGCGACCGGCACGGAUCCGACUCCAACGACCAGAAGAACCGCGAGAUGCCCAUCUACCACCUGCCUCUGGUGGACACCGGCAGCGGCGUGUCGCGGCAGCGGGACGUGGCGCUGAUGAAGCCCGUGCAUGUGGGCAGCCGAGAGGAGGAGCUGCUGGAGAACUGGAGGGCGAUCCUGGGGAUGGGCAUCCUGGAGACGGAGUGCGGGAGGCCGCUGUUCUCCUCCCACUCCGGCCUCUGGAGCAAGUGCUUCUUCAAGGGCCUGGACCCGGACAUCGACAAGCUCAUCGACCGGGGUAUUGCUGAUCGAUGCACCGCUGUCAAAUAUCACUUCUCUCAGCCAAUCAGAUUGAGGAACAUCCCUCUGAACCUGACCAGGACCAUACAGCAGGACGAAUGGCAUCUGCUGCACCUGCGUCGGAUCACCGCAGGGUUCCUGGGGAUGGCAGCAGCCGUCCUGUUGUGUGGCUGCAUCGUGGCGUCGGUCGGAUUCUUCUGGGAGGAAAGUCUGACCCAGCACGUGUCCGGACUGUUGUUCCUCAUGGCAGGAAUCUUCUGCACCAUCUCUCUGUGCACGUAUGCAGCCAGUGUGACCUAUGACCUCUCCAGGAACCCCCCGUUCAUCUACGGCCUGCCUGACGACGUGGAUCACGGCUACGGUUGGUCGAUCUGCUGCGCCUGGGCCAGUCUGGGUCUGACCGUGGCUGCCGGCUGCCUCGGCACCACCUUCCCCUUCCUGAGUCAGGCUGGAGCUCUGCGAUCCAAAACCGCUCGUGCAUCCUCCGUCUGAGACGCUGCUCACAGAGGAGCUGCAGCAGGAGCGUUUAACGGACUGUGCAGGACCGGUGUCGUCCUCCAGGUGGAGCUGUGGGUUCAACCUGGAGCAGCAGACAAGAGUCUCUGCACCACAGCGCCCCCUGCUGACUGUAACACACCACUAUGGUGUUUAUGAUGUGGACAUUGAUGUACCGUCUGUUAAUUAACGCACUCACGCACUGUAUACUAAGACUGUAGUUGAGUCAAAACAUUUAAACUGCAAAGAUUUUUUCAAUUAUAUUUAUUAUUUGGACUUUUCGAUCGUGACUGCCCCCCUGUGGCAUAAUCUGAGUUGACAGCAGAACCACUUUUCUCAGCUCAGCACACGUAUGAACAUGCAGUGCAUGUAUGAACAAACAGUACAUGUAUAAAGAUGUAGUGCACGUAUGAACAUGCAGUACAUGUUCAUUCAUGUUUAUACAUGAAGUUAAUGUCUCAGUAAGCAUUACACACAUAUGUAUGAACAUACAUGUACAUGUUCACAGGUUAAAUGAUAUAUAAAGAUGUAUGUGCUGCACUUUAUGAUUAAACAUAAACAGUUUAUAACUGAUGAUUAAGCAUUGAACAUAUGAACAUGUUACAUAUUAACGCUGCAUGAGUGUUUGACAUAUUGAUGUUGACUGGUUGAUAUAUUGAUCCUCGGUCCAUCAGGAGCUCAGGAGUGUCACAGUUGAGUUUGAACUUGAAUAACCUCGGGUCACGUCUUAUCGUCGGGUGUGAAACCAGCAGCUCGCUACACGUUUCUCUCCAGGUGGUCACAUGACGUGUGUUACAGUCGGUGUGGUGUAACUGUACGUGCUGUGUACACGCUGUAAACAUGGCUUGGUGUUUGCUGCUGAUUGAAGUGUUUGAGGUCCUGACAGCAGCUGAAGCAGAACCAGAGUCACACUCGUUCUAUUUGAGUUCAGACACGUGACACAGGUUUAUUUUUUAUUGAUCAGCUGUAAACAAACAAGAAUAAACUGUUUAAACUGUGACAGAGACUUGAUUGAUU